AUGAAAGUUCUGUCUUACACUUUGAUUUCCUUCUUUCUAGCUCUGUUACCAUAUAAACCUACAAACCUCACGGUCACUAGCAUCAAGUCAAGAAGUGCUGAAAUAUCUUGGCUAGAUCCAGAGAACAGAGCAGACAAAGUUCUUUCAAAGUUUUGGAUUAAAAUGAAGAAAGAGAACUCCCUUAUCCUGAAUACUGCCACAGAUAAAGUGAACAAAUACAAAUUAGAUAAUCUCACUCCAUACACUACAUAUGAAAUAUCCGUGGCUGCUGGUAAUCAAAACGGUUUUGGUAAAGGGAUUAUUACCUCUUUCUUAACAUCCGAGGAAUGUGAGUAUUAAAAGAUCAAUUGUCAGUGUCACAUAGAACGUGCUUUAUUCACAAGUGUUAGUCAAUUGAAGGCAAGAUUGUGCUGAAAACAUUUUGAAAACAGCUUUCCAGUUUGCUUAUUCUCUGAGAACAUGUUGGCUUCUCUUUCAUUUAAGAAACUUACUUUUAAGAUACAAUCAUACAAACCAAUGUCUAUCUUGUAUCUAAGCAGUGUCUUCACACCAGGAGUGAUAAAAAAAGUUUCCACGUGGCUCAUUGUAUUUUAUUUUACCUCGGAUUUAAAUACAAACCUCGGUUUUAAUCCUUAGCUCCAAGCGGUCCUCCCUUGAACAUCAAGACUACAUCAAGAAGUGCAUCACCAUUGUCCUUCACCUGGGAUCCUCCUGAGAAAGAUAAACAAAAUGGCUUCAUUAUCAGUUAUACUGCAUGUGUUUCAUAUUCGGCAAAUGAUCCUUGUUUUCAGACAUUUAUCACAAGUGAAAGAGAGUGGCUCGUCAGAAAUUUAAAUGCAUCAACAAAAUAUUAUAUUUGUAUUCGUGCCAGUAAUAAAAGAAGGAAGUAAUGCUUACAGUGGAAGUAUUGGAUUUUUUACAAAUGGAAGUAAGUUUCAUAAGUUUACAACAGGUAUAUAUGCCGAUAUUUAGAUUUUGACUGUGCCUGUGGAGAAGAAACGUCUGAUUGGAAUUUUAUGUUUGUUAGAACGUUUUUAAUUGCACCGUAAAACAGAAUAAAUCGAAGCAGCCAAUGAGUUCAGUAUAAUUUUAUUGGGACAUUGUCAGCCUCGAGUUCCAAGUUGGAUCCAACCUGAAAACCCUACACAAGACCUCUUGUUCUAGCAAGAUAUUUUACUCGUUAAUACUUUCACGUUUUCCUCCAGGAGCAGCAAAGAAGACCACAGAAGUGACAUCAAGCACGCUCACAUAUUCGUUGCAAAUUCCAUCAAAAACGUUUGUGUAAGUUUACCGACUUUAAUUUCUGAUGGUAACAUUAAUUAAAGUCUAGCUUCCGUGGUCGCCGUUGUAAUAUACUUGUAAUAUAUUGAGACAGGACACUAUAUCUUGUUUAUUGUGUACUGCAUGCAAAUAAUUGAUUUUCAUUGGAGACAUAAGUCGACUCUUUGCUACAUCGGUCACAUAAACAUAGUUGCCAUCGUCGUGACCAAACAGAAACUGAGCUCCCAUUGAGAUUAGGUAUAGGAUAAACACCGAGGAGGGAUUUAUGUCAGACAAUGUGCGGGUCUGAGGGAAUUAUCUGACAUAAAUCUCGACUUUUGAGGUGUUUAUCAUUGAAUUCUUGAUUGCGGAGGUUUUCCAACAAAGUUUUGUCUGUUUCGUCUGCUUUGAUCGAACGACGAUUUUCUGACUUUACCUUCAUCUUUUCAGCUAAUUAAUAUUCAAGGUCAUUAAUAAAAAUAAUCAUCUCGGUACAUGAAAGAAAACCGACUCAAUCAAGAAUUAAUCCUAGAUAUUAAGUAACUAUUUAAAUCUAUUAUUGAUAGUUGUUCUAUUUGAAGUAAAAGGGUAAAUUUUUGUUUGUAGUUAUUUCUACGUGGUGGCUUUGAAAUUAAAAGACGGCAAGGAACCUACAUCAUCUGACAGUUACGAGAACAAUGAGUUAGUGACGUAUGCCAAGGCAAGAAAAUCAACCAAUCCGAAACCUUAUAUCGCUGCAGUUGUUGCAUCCAGCGAAGUUGAUGGAAAUAUGUUUAUACUUGGUGAUAGCAGAAAUACAAGUGAUCCAACCUCACGAAGAGGCAGAUCAACCUCAAGUGAUUAUUAUUAUAAUGGUCCGCUGGAGCCUGGCAGUAGUUAUAGUAUUUUUCAAAGGAUUGUACUCAAUGACAAGGUAUCGUACUUGCUGGUUAUCACACUUUAGAAGUUAAAAGCUUUCCUUGUCUAAUUUCUCCUAUAAAAGAAAUUUGACAUUGACACAGAUGCCAAACAUAGUAAGAACAACGUGAUAAAAUCUUUUGUGUAUCUAUAACAACACUGAUAAAUUUUCAUUUACUUCUUUUACGUUAGAAUGAAUAUUACUCCACAGACUGGAGUCGUGCUUCAUAAACGGACGAAUAUGCAGGUAAAUAAAUGGAGACAAUUUAACUGUAUUCAUAGAUGAUUUAGAGUUAAAUAGUAAAGUCACCGUAGCAAAGAAUACACAUUUGGUCGAGAUGAAACCAAUGCAUUAUUCAUAGAAGAAUAAUGGUAGUUCAUUUGUUCAGUGACAACUUGUUCUUUGCUAGUAUAUUCAAAUGUCUCUUGUAUUUUCUGUUUCUCAGGUAGCCCUCGUGUACUGACCAAAAUAUCCAGUGGUGACAUAAAGACAAAGGAAGGUGAUCUUGUCAACCUAUUGUGUUCUGAUCAAGGUGAACCUCCAAUUACUUUCGGCUGGGAAAAAGAGCGGAAGUCACUGAAAAGUUUCACGGAAACUGAAAAACCGCAUCGCAGUUCUUUCCUUGUUGUAACAGAGAUAGACGAAACAAGUUUUGGGGAGUAUAUUUGUCAUAUCCGAGAUCGAUUUGAAAGUACUACUCGCACAAUUUCAGUCCAAAAAGAUACAG